AUCAUUUACAUUCAUAGAGUCAACAAACCAAGUUACACGCAUUUCUGAAGCCUUAGUACACAUAGUUAACUGUUUACAGUGUGAAAUUAUUAAUUUACAUAGCAGCAGAUAAGUGUUGGUUUUUUUAAUAGUGAAUUUAUUUUCGAGGGCUAUUUUGGAAAUAAAAAUAACAACAUGCGAGUGUGUGUGAUCGGAGCGGGCGCGGCGGGGCUGUGCGCGGCGCGCCAUCUGCUGGCGGACGCCUGCGUGACGGCGGUGGACGUGCUGGAGCAGUCGGGUGCACUGGGCGGCACCUGGGUCUACACCGACACCGUGGGCUACGACGACUUCGGCCUGCCCAUACACACCAGCAUGUACAAGAGCUUGAGAACAAAUCUCCCGAAGGAGAUAAUGGGCUUCCCAGACUUCCCCAUUCCCGAGAGCGAGAGGUCGUAUCUACCCGCGAAAGACAUGCUCGCAUUCCUGCAGUUGUACUCUGACAAGCAUGGCGUUACCAGGCACAUAAGAUUCAAUCACCAUGUCCAGCUGGUUAAACCUAAGCAGGGGCCAAAAGGUGAACUUUGGGACAUCACGUUCAAGGACCUCAACAAUGGGCUGAUCAAGACCAAGGAGUACGACUAUGUGUUUGUGUGUAACGGUCAUUAUAACACGCCGUUCAUACCGAAUAUACCAGGACUAAAGGAAUUUAAAGGUGACGUGAUGCACAGUCACGACUACAGAGUCCCGGACAUCUUCACCGGCAAACGAGUCCUGGUCAUCGGCGCCGGUCCGUCCGGCAUGGACAUUGCAUACGAGAUCACCAGCGUCACCGAGAGGGUCGUCCUGAGCCACCAUCUCAAGGAGCAGCCCCGGACAGUGUUCCCUGACAAUCUAGUGCAGAAGCCGGACGUGGUCAAACUUGAAGGAAACACUGCGUUCUUCCAAGAUGAUACCCAAGAAGAGGUCGAUGUAGUGUUUCUCAGUACUGGCUAUCUGUACAACUUCCCGUUCCUGCACGCGUCGUGCGACAUCGCCGUGGAGGACAACUGCGUGGGGCCGCUGUACAAGCACCUCGUCAACAUCGCGCACCCCUCCAUGUGCUUCAUCGGCAUACCGUACUACGUGUGCGCCUUCUCCAUGUUUGAUCUUCAGGUCCGAUAUUACCUGCAAUCAAUAAACGGGACCUUCGCACUGCCCUCCCGAGAAGAGAUGACGGCGCACUGCGAGGAGGAGAAGCGAGACCGACUGAUGCGAGGGUUCACCAAGCGGCAGACGCAUAUGAUGGGGCCCGAUCAGGAAAAGUACUACUCGUCGUUGGCCACCGAGGCGAAGACUACCAACCUGCCAUCCGUAAUCACUAAAAUAAGAGAAGAGAGUUCCGUCCGUUUCCUGCACAACCUGCAGAGCUACCGGCAAGACGUGUACAAGGUCAUCGAUGAUGACACCUACGAAAUUAUAAGCAACGGCAAACGGGAGAUUCUAUGUUAAUUAAAUAGCAGCACAUGUUACUUGCGAAAGUUCAUUAUAAGUAGUGGCUAUUUUAUUUAUUUUGCUAAAACCAUAAAAAACCUACAACGGUUUUCGUUUUUUUAUGGUUUCGUUGGUUUAUGGUUUUAUGGUCAGCCUCUCUUAAAGAUGCUCCGAUUUACGUUAUUCACGUCUGCGGUGUGAAUCGUGUGUAGAGGAUUUUCUGGUGGGUCUGGGUGGUUUGGUCUGGUUUUUCGUGGAUAAUAGUAAAGUAAAUAACAUAAAAUAGUCACUAUCUAUGUUGAUUCUAAAUGUGGUGGGAAAGAAAACAUUACUACAACAAAAAGGGUCCAUUACAAUAUUUUUAUUUUCUAAAAGUAUAUACCGUAUCUUUAGACAUGACCAUUAAAAAAAUCUUCUAAAUAAGCCUUUGUGCUUAUUUUUAUUAGAGGAAAGUGGGUACGACAAUAAUCCAACGGCCCUUAACUUAACUAAAGGUAAGUAUUUUACGCUAAAAGUAUACAUAUUAAGCAUAUAUUGUCCUAGCCAAGCAGAAAGUUGUACUUUGGGUAGGUACGACAAAAGUCCAACUGGCGCGAAUUGAACCUUAGACCUUUUCAGUUUGAGUCAGUCUUUAUUUUAGAAUUAGGUUUGAAAAUAACUGAUAAAAGAUAAUGUCAUUAACUAUUUCCUCACUACUGGUACUGGACUGGUACUACUACUACUAGUAGUACUAGUAUUAGUAUAAUGACAUUUUUGACUGCAUAGUUAUUAAUUAUAUUGUGUUGUUUCCGAAUAACGAAAGUAGAUACUUAGAAUUAAAAUAAUUUAAAAUAUUCGUUAUAAUUGCAGUGGACCCUUUAUUUGUUGUCAGAUAUAAUAUAAGAAAUGAGAAAAAAUAUGCCUUUUCUUACAUUGGUGAUGGAUACAUGUUAGACCUACCAUGAAGAUGAUCUAUAUUUGAAGAGUUUUUUACUUUUAGAGAAACGUUGGUGUGUGAAACUUAAAAAUAAAAGGAAUGUUGGGAAGCAGAACAUGUACCUAUACAGCGGCAGAUCUAAAUUUAAAUAAAUAAUUAUCAUCAUCGUCUGCAUAGUGUCAGCGGCGAUGACUAUGAUGCCUUUGUAAUACCUACAGCUGUUGUCUUAGUAUCAGUAAAAAAUAAUUAAUUUAAUUUAUUAUUUAUACGUAAAGGGUGUUUAUUGUUAAUAUUUUAUUUUAAAAUAAAUAAAACACAUAAAAUCAGCCAAAAAUAUUUUAUUUAAGCGUAUUUAUAAUCUUUAUAUUAUCAAUGCUGAUAUAUUAUUACUCUUUAAAUCUAAUAAUUAUUUGUAUGGCUUUCCCUUCUGAUUAAACUCUAAUUGAGAAUAAUUCAUAAAAUCCACACAAGUCUCGAAGCGAAGUAACAAUCUAAUUUUACUCAAUACGCUACGUGCUGUAUCGAUUUUGAUGAAUUAUAAACAAAAUGUUAGUACACACUCGGGCCGAGUUUAGACUCGCUCAUCGACAAAUUUGUACUUGUUUCAUACAACUUUCAAAAUUAUAAUCGAUACAUUUACCGUUAUACAAAAAUACCUCAAUCUCUGAAUAUUGUUUUCAAAUUCGAAUUUUGUUACUUUUUUUCAUAUAACUUUUUUUUUCCAAUAGUAUAUAUUUUGUAAAUAAAUCAAAUAAACUUACACUACAACUUAUCCAACUUAAAACUAAACUAUUAUAACAAAGUACGACGCACAUAAAUUAUAUAAUAAACAAUAAAUGAAAGUAAAUUAAUAUUUUUUUCGUGUAUCUAUUGUUUAUUAUUUAAAUCAUUCACAAAAAUCUGUCAUUACAAUGAAGUACGGUAUAUUAAAAGAAAAAAAAACAACUUUAACCCUUAACAAUAUUUACUCGAGAGCUUAGCCUUGCAUAUUUCGUUUUAUUUUCUCGGAAGAGGAAUUGGGCGGGGUCACUAGUUCUACAUAAUAUAUAUUUAACAAAUUACUUUAUCAACAUUCAUAA